AUGGCGGAUUUUUGGCGUAAAAGCGGAACUAAUGCAUUAAAUCAUAAUUCUACACAAAAAAUCAAAAACUUAAUAUGUCCCUCGGCUGAUGAAAUUGAGGAAGAUAAUUUUGUUUCAAUAUCACCAAUAUGUAACAAUGAUGAAGAUUGUUAUAAGCAAUUUUCCGAUACUAGUAAACGAUGUUGUCGUAGAAAAGAUAAUGUUAAAAGAUGCUUAAAUGGUAUUUCAUAUAAAACUUUGGAUAAUGAAUUAAAAAGUAUUGAAAGUUCCAAAAUUGAUGAUAAUUUAAUAUGUCCGUCAUCAUCAAGAAAUAUAGAAAAUUUUAAUUUUUUUUCGUUACCCUGCAGUACACAUGAUGAUUGUAUUCAAUAUGCAGGAAUUAAUAAAAGAUGUUGUAAAGGUGCCGGUAUUGUAAAUCGAUGUGUUGAUGGAGUCCCAAAAAGAAAACCUAAAAGUCCACAUUUCACAUUCUUUGGGCGAAGAGAAUGUCCGAAUUUUAAUGAUAUCAAUUAUGAAAAUGGUAAAGAACCAUUCGCAGUAUUAUUUCGACACCCAGUAACGGAAUGCAAAGACGAUAAAGAAUGUUGGCCAUUACGAAUUUGUUGUCCAGAAUUUGCAGAAAAUGAUUUAGAAAAUGGAAAAAACUAUUGCCAAGUACCUGUUACUAACUUAGAUAAUACAUUAAUUAAAGACUAUUUAGGACAUUUUUUAAGUCAUAUUCAAUGUACGCCACCUCCUCCUGCUUACCUAGACUUAUUUCCGAAACCAUGCAAAAAUACUUUUGAUUGUCUGCCAAAAGUAUGUUGCCGGGAAGCAGCAAAUCAAAAUUUUUGCCGUCCACCAAAAAAAAAUGUCGUAGGAUUAUUAGCUGCUGUACUAAAAGUGAUGUCAUUUUUAUUCAAAUCAAAUUAA